AUGGAGAGGCUUCAAGGACCCUUCAAUUCCUGUUUCUUUGGUGAGCAUUUUGAAGUGAAUUGUUUGGAGCAAGGUUUUGUAGAUGCAGAAAGCUUGAGACUUGAGGAGGAAGAACAACUUCUGAUAUCAAAUUUAGAGGAUAACAUGCCAUUCCUGCAGAUGCUUCAGAGUGUGGAAUACCCAGAGUUUUUCCCUUUGAAAGAACCAAGCUUUCAAACACUUCUGAGGCUGCAGCACCUGAAGAAACCAUGGGAAGGGAUAGCAUAUAUUCCCACAAUGGAGACACAAGUUCAAUCAACAAUGGAGCUUGAGAGCUGCGUGACUCAUGACAUGUUGGAGAUGCAGUCACCAAUGAAAUCCGAAAGCAACGAGCUUCAACAACACCCACGUUCAGUUUCAUGUGUUGAGAAAGUGAACUAUGAGUGCAACCAGGAACCGAUAGAAACAGUUAACAACUCACAGUCAUGCUCCAAAUCUCAGCUAGUCACAAGGGAAAGGAGAAAGCGAAAGAGAACUAGACCAACCAAGAACAAGGAAGACAUGGAGAAUCAACGCAUGACUCACAUUGCUGUUGAACGAAACCGAAGACGCCAAAUGAAUGACCAUCUCAGUGUUCUAAGGUCCCUGAUGCCCGCUUCCUAUAUUCAAAGGGGUGACCAAGCUUCAAUAAUUGGAGGUGCAAUAGAUUUUGUGAAGGAGUUGGAGCAAUUGCUUCAAUCACUUGAAGCACAAAAAAAGAUAAGAAAGAAUGAAGAGGUUGGUUAUUCCAGUAGGUCUUCUAAGCCAUCAUCAUCAUUGUCUGGUUAUGGAUUAAGGUCAUCAACAUCAACUGAAGAAGUAAAUUGUGGGGAUGAGGUGAAAGCAGAAAACAAGUCAGAUGAAGCAGACAUAAAGGUUACCUUGAUUCAAACCCAUGUGAACUUGAAAAUUGAGUGCCAAAGAAGGCCAGGGCAAUUGAUAAAGGUAAUUGUUGCUUUGGAGGAUCUUAGGCUAACCAUUCUGCACCUCAACAUCACCUCAUAUGAGGCUUCUGUCAUGUACUCGCUUAACCUCAAGAUUGAAGAAGACUGUAAGCUAGGAUCAGCAAAUGACAUUGCAGAAGCAGUUCAUCACAUAUUUAGAUUCAUUAAUGGUUAGCUAAAGUCAACAAGAUUUAACCUUAGGGAGUCUUUAGUGGAGGAAUAAAGGACCAAACAUGGCAAGGAGGGUGGCGGAGUGACUGGGAAACGGGGAACACAGG